CAACAAACAAUAGCAUUGGUGGGGUAUGUUUGAUUGUUUCGCCCACAAUCCCCCCUGUAGGGGGACAUGCCCCACCUAAAGCAACGGCACAAGCAGAAGCAUAAUUUUUUCGGCGCUCCGCGCGGAUUUCUUGGACCUGCACUAAGCCCCCCUGGCGGCGCCUCCGGCGCCGCCACUGGCGCGCUCCGCGCGCCAGAGAGGGGGCCCAGCGCAGCUCCAAGAGAUCCUCGCCGCGGAGCGCCAAAGAAUUCAUGAUCGUGCCGUGGUAUCUUCUUCUGCGCCAGGGUUGGGGGGGCCGAUGGCGGAGGGCAUGUCCAGGGGGUCCCAGGCCGCCACGAUGUGCGCCGCGCUCAUCCGAAGGAGGUCAAGACGGCAUCCGCAGAAGCCUUCGGAGCUUCGCGCAGAUCUCCUAGAUCGGCGCCGGGCCCCCCUGGCGGCGCCUCUGGCGCCGCCCCUGGCGUGGUCCGCGCACCAGGGAGGGGGUCCAGCGCCGAUGCAAGGAAUCCGCGCGGGCCUUCGACCGCGUGUGUUUAUGCAGUUGCUUCUUCCUUGGCUCAUGGUCUUUCUGUACGAGGGCUUCGCGUACAACGCAGUGUACCUGCACCGCGUGCUGCCUGCCGUGGGCAAGAAGGACCUGCAGACGCCGUUUCUGAUCCUCUUCAACGUCGUCUGGGGCUUGGCCAUGUGGUCGUACCUGCGAGCGCACUCGGCGGACCCUGGCUCGAUGCCACGCCGGUGGCUGCAGUUUGUUGACAGUGUCGGCCAGGGCCUUCCCAUUGCGCCCGCGAGGCCAGAGUGGCAGCCCGGCAAGGCGACGUUUUGCAAGAAGUGCGAUCUGACGCGUCCCGAGCGGGCUCACCACUGCGUGAUCUGCCAGGCGUGCAUCUUGCGCAUGGACCACCACUGCCCGUGGAUCAACAACUGUGUGGGUUUCAACAAUCACAAGCAUUUCCUGCUGCUGGGCACAUACGCUUGCCUGGCCAGCUACGUUGCCUUGAUAACCACCCUCCCCGAGCUGUUCACCUGUGCGGCCAUGCUCGCGCGAAUGGACGAUAGCUUCGCCUUCGAGCACACCGACCUUGAGCUCGCAGACGUGGCGUCUUUUCUGAUUUUCGGCUUCCUAGCGCUCUUCAUCGCGCUCCUUCUCACCCCGAUGCUGAUGGCCCACGCGCCCCUCGCGACGCUCAACAUGACCACCAUCGAGGACAACUACAGGAACAUGCCGAACCCGUUCGAUCAGGGGAGUAUUUUCGGCAACCUGUCCCAGGUCUUCGGCGCGUUCGGAGCGGACUGGUUCCUCCCCAUUGCGCCAUGGAGGCCACUCUCAGACGGCGUGUCCUUCCCGAGGUCGGACGAGAGGUUGGGUCCCGAUGGCUUGCCCGAGAGGAUCAUCGGGGAUCAGGCGCUGGAGAUAGAGGAUCUCUGGAGGUCGCGCUACCACGUCUUCGCGGUCGACUACUGGCAGCCGCCGGCGAGGGAGGAGAGUGGCCUGGCCUCUCUCUCGCAGCUGUGGGCGUGCAACCAGUGAAAGCUUCCGAACCAUCCAGGCUGUAGAAGUAGAGGCGCCCGGCGAUGGUCGCCGCGGGCGGAAGGUCUGUCGCGGGACCUGGCGUGGCUUCCCGGUGGCCUGCAGUAUCACUUGCUCGCCACAACGCCUUGCUCGUCGCCUUCGCCUUUCCCUCCUUCGCUGCUGUUGAAGAACGUCGUCAUCUCGGGCGGUCAAGCAGAUUGCCCUGUAUAAUUCGAUUCUCUUGUAGGGCAAGGUCCCUGGGCCAGCAGACUGGCACGGCUUCCGGAGGAUGCCAGGAACAAAAACAGGUUCCUAGGCGAGUUGUCG